CUUCCGGAUGUCUCCUUUUCAAAUUUUUCAAAAUCACGUAUCGAGGUGCGGCGCACGCCUUUGAAUGAGGAUCAUCUGGCUGCUGUUAGAAUCUGAACUGAGAAAUCUCCAGUUUUUGUCCUGCUGGCAGGUUUCAUCAGAAAUUAAAGAGGCUACCAUGACUUUGGACAAAUUAGUUAUCAAGUGUGGAAACUUUGCAGUCUUGGUAGAUUUCCAUAUUGCGCCGCAGGACCGUAUGUGGUUCUCUGAUCAUCAGAGAGAGGAAGUCUGCCUUCUGCUGAAAGAUGCAGUUGAGUCAAGAGUAAAACAGUACUUGAGAGCACGUAAAUUACAUGGCCGGUGCAAACAAACAGAAUAUGGAGAAGCUAAUGUUUUGUCUUUAAGAGCGGACGAGUUUCACAUUUCAGCUUACUUUGUCAAAAGAUGGGCUAAUCUGCGAUGUAUUGGACAACAGCACAGUGAAUUGCGUGUAUUUCCGGACCGUUUUGUGAUUUAUGUCUCAAGACUUGAACCCAAUCCAUCUUCUUGGGUCAGUGAAAGUGUGGCACUGGAGGAGAAACUCUUCACCAAGGUGUCUGAAUAUUUUCAAGGUUCAGCUGAAGAUAGAAAAUGCCAGAUUUCCCUGACUCAACAGGAAAAACAAGAUGCUCUGAAAAACUUAGCGAAGAGGGCAACGCAAGCAAAUGAGAGGGAACCUCAGCCCAGCAAGGACACCAUGAAAGUGUAUCUUGGCUCACUGGGCUCAGACAGGGAGUAGGAAGAAUGCAUUUUCAACCGGUUUGAUGCUCAGCCUGAAGGAAAAUGUAGGCGUAAAGCACAACCAAAAGAUUGCAUAAAUACAGCUGAGAGCAGCUUGGGACUUCCUGUUUCAGAAUGGGCAAUGAUGCAAACUGGAGACAGCCAAGCAAUGCUAACAGCCAGCAAAAACUUCAUUUGUGGAGUGGUUAGACAUGAUUUCUCUGCAGGAACCCUCCGUGGUGCUAUGAGUCAGCACUGCCACCUCCAAACCGAAGUCAAAGGGUGACUGAAAGAGCUGAAAUAGUGCACGGAGCAUGCGGGAGCAGGAGGAAGAAAGAUGUCUCCAAGGCAGGAUCACCCGGUUCCCAGAUACAGAGCCCUACUGGUGGUUCAGAGCCCUCUUCUGGAGAGGUCCCCACCAAAUCCCACAUCAUUUUCCAAAUGAGGCUUGGCAGGAUCCACGUCUGAUGGAGAAUUGCUUACAAAAAGAAAAACCUUCCCCUGAGACUGGUUUUAUGAGAAGUGCUACAGCCAUCAUGCAGACAGACCCAAUCCAACCACAGUCACCAAAUAAUCCUUAAUGUUUCCACUCCUGAAAUAUGCAAAGCCAGGAGAGAAAGGGUUUGAGAGAGAGAGAUUCAAAAACAGAGGGGUGAAGGGAAAAAGAUAAAAUCCAAAAGGUAAGGCACAGAAAAUCAGUCCCUUCCUCUCAUGCUACUUUAUCUCUUUUACUUGUGUCCUUUGUAAUGGACAGGUAGACUUUGCCAUGACUUGAAGGUGGUUCCUGAGCCAACUGAGAACAUAAAAUACUCUGAGAUUAUAGAGACACUGAAAUAAACAGGAUUCAGGUUCCAGAACACUCUAGAAUAGCUCCAUAGCACACACCCCUUGAAUCUUUAUGCCGUGAGGAAUCAUUCUGAGUUCUCUUUCUUGGCGUAUGAUUGGCUGACUUGAAGUUUCUCCAUCACGAUGUCAGAAAUCUGUUUUAUGGUCCUUUGUCUGCCUAGCUGUUUAUAGUCCUGUUUUCAUUGAAUAUUAUAAUGGGAAAUAAACAAGUUUUUGCAUGU